AUGGAUACAGUGUCGUCACCAGAGUCACUGCGAUACCUGUAUCAAAUAGUGGUGGCCGAAAUCGCAGACAUCUCGAAACGGGAUGAUAUCAACAUACUGCACAGCCGCUUAGAUGGCAUCCUACUAAAACUCAAACUGUCGGCCAUUGAUAUCAACGAUGACAACGACCAAGUUCUUGAUAAUAAUGCGCGGUUCAGUAACAAAACGGCAGAAGCGACGCGGCGGUAUCUACUUGAUAUUAGGGGCGUUCUGAGGACUAUUGAUGAAGCCGCCCUUCCAACCAAUGCUGAAGAGCUUGGAUUAUUAUUCGACCAACUCGAAAAGGCCGUGGAUAGCCUUCAGGUGCAUGCCGAGCAGCAACUGCGCUCUCUCCACCCACAACCUAUCAACAAAAGAGAGUACGAAGACGUUGACGCGAAUCUUGACCCGACUAUUACCAAAUUCGAGCCGCCAGUUGGAUACUAUUCUUCCUCCUCAGCCGCCAAGAAUUCGUCUGCAUCCCCCCCCCAACACCAUGUCAAUACGAACCAUUUCAUCGACGGGGUUGAUCGCACUGGCAACUAUAGUACUGGUACCUCAAUGCCAGAUCAUGGCUCAGAAUGGGCCCACGUAUACGAAGCUUCCUAUUCGGCAGACUUGGCAUUCAAUCAGCCGCCUGCUGGGGGUGGUGAGCACUCGGCUGGGACGAGUGCUUCUCCUCGCUCAAAAAAGCGAAAGCGCAAUAAACCUACCUUGAGCUGUAAGGAGUGUGUGGACAAGAAGAUUAAAUGUGAUCGAGGUAGACCACAUUGUCUGUCCUGUAUCCGAAGAGGCACCGAUUGUAUAUAUAGACUCAAAGCAGAGAUGAGCGAAGAAAAUGUGCGCCAGUCUACAACUCGUCGAAUAUACCCGCCCAAAUCCAAAGGGCACCAGAGUGCCACUGACCAGGGUGCUUCGCCGGCAUCGUCCAGUGGAGCCAAGCCAGCUCUGUUCACACAUCAAGAGGGCACUGAUCUGCUUCUUAGCCAUGCUCCAUAUACGUCGAUAAACUCUUCCAACAUUUUUGGAAUUGGUGCCGAAUAUCCGUUUAGCAAUUAUUGGACACAGAAUGGCGGCGUGGCCGAAGUUCUCAGAAUGUUCCCAAAGAAGCAGCAAUCUGACAUACUUCUGAGCGUAUUCUUUGAAGCUGUAGACCCUGUGUAUCCAUUGCUCAAUAGAGAAAAUUUUUAUGUUGACUACGAGGCAUUCUGGGAGUUGGAUGAAAAGCGAAAAACUGAAGUUGACAUCGACUUUCUUGCCCUCGUCUUCAUCAUGCUCGCAAUGGGCACUCAGUUUCUCUACAAUCCUGGAUCGCAGCAGCCGCUCCAAGGAGCCGCUGAAUUCUACUCGAGCGCUUGCCAUCAAAGUCUUCGCUUGUUUUCCUAUCUGAAUCGUGCAUCCCUACGAGUUAUACAAUCGAUGGUCCUCAUGACCUAUUUUUUACUAAACUCAGGCCGGGCUUCUGAUGGAUGGGCAUUUUCAGGCACAAUGAUUCGGCAAGCUUACGCAACAGGCCUGAACCGAGAACCCACGCUGAUCAGCUCCACAUUCACGCUUUUCGAGCGCGCAGAACGACGGCGGCUUUGGCACGCGGUGGUUUGCCAGGAUAGCUUCAUGAGCAUGAGCCUACGACUCCCGCCGGCUACUACGCAUUCGGACAUUGACAGUGCUGCUCCGCUGCUGGAAAACGACGAUUCGAUAUACAGCGUAGAAACAACGCCUGAAUCCGGUGGAGAGGACUUGUUUAAUGGACCGCGCGUUUCAGAUCCAGGUUACGUUCAGAGUAUGUACUCGCUUGCGCUCCUGGCCCAGGAAACCAUUGCGACGCCUCGCUCCCUUUCUCUGCCGUUGGUCACCAACCCUCGCCAGCGCAACGCGCUUCUUGCACGGUUUCGCGCGUGUUAUCGGACGUUUCCGGAUGAGUUUCGUGCGUGGGAUGAGGAUUCUAUCAAAAGGCUCGCCGAGCAAGGGAACAAACGACUCGUCCGGCAGAUCACGUUUCUCACUGGUCUGUACUGGCAUUGCAUGACAUUGGUCCAAAGCGAGGCCCUGGACGAGAUGAGCAAUUUACAGCAGCAACAGGAAGAUAGUAAGCCAGCGAAUGUGAGCAGUAGCUUGGACAGUUCUAUCCGUGGAACACUAGACUGCGCGUACGAGUCAAUGCGAGCGUUUUUCGCCACUCACGACGUUCUUGGUGAAGAGGGUAGCGUAUGGUGGGCUUUUGGCCACCGUGCAUUUUCGGUUUCUGCCAAAAAGAUCAUUCUCGCCGAUGUGUUGAAAAAGUACGGCCCUCCUGCCGGCUCAUCACCACCACCAAAAUCCAAAACAACAAAUUCACGACGUACAACGGCACUUGAUCCUCUCUGGGAGAGGGCGCGAGGCGAUGUUCAACGCAUGCUGCAGCUUCUUCAGGGUCCGGCUGGGGCAGGCGACGAGGCGGCGCGGACUCGUAUCGAGGUGCUUAGUAGUUAUCUUUGA